UCCAGACAGGAAUACGCUGGUCCUGAUACCUGGUCAACUCGCCAUACAUUCACCUGUACUAUCUUAUUAUUUCUGGCCUCACUAGCACACGGCAUAGGGAGUAAUCCUGAGAUUAUAACCCUAGAAGUCCUCCUUUUCAACUUUGUACCUAACUCCUUAAAUUCCCUUUGCAGAACCUUAUUUGAAAUAUCCUCACUGAUAAAACCAUUCUCUUCUAUUUCGUUUCAGAGUGACUGAGACUCGGACAGUCAUAGAGCCAAAUGUUCCAGAGGUCACCCUGAAUCUGUCUGGUAUAUUUCAACACCUUCAGAACAAGCUGAAUGCUUGGGAAAAUUACCACUCAGACAUAUUGGGAAUCAUCAUGCCAUCUUCCAUCAGAGACCCGGGCUUACUGAAUGUUACUCCUUCCCAGCAUAACUCCUCUGGGGCAGCCCCUGUCCCCACAAAGGUCAGCUCACCAUUGACUACAAUUGGCAAGGAAGCUGAAAAAUCCCUAGAGUCAGCGUCCACCCCUGAACACAGCGACGCAGUGAGCAAAACUCCUCCCCAAGAGAGUGUUUCUGAAGCAGCCACUGACCAAGAGAAAAUUCUCCAGCCAUCAACUGGAAUUGAUGGAACAACAGAAAUAUCCGAAAGAAAAAGUCCAUUGAGCCUGGAUCCAAAGACAGCAAACUGCAACUUGAUUCUGUCUGAUGACCUGAGAUCAGUAACGUGGACUGACCAGCAACAGCCCUAUUCGCCUCACCCAAAGAGAUUUAAGUAUCUUCCUCAAGUCCUUUGCUCCCAGAGCUUUUCCUCAGGAUCCCAUUCCUGGGAUGUGGUGACUGAUGGGAAUUACUGGAGAAUCGGGAUUGUGUAUGGGAGUGUGGAGAGAGAGGGGGAAGUCUCUUCUCUUGGAAACAGUAGUAAAUCUUGGAGUUUGGAUUUUAUUGCAGGUUAUCUUACAGCUCGGCACAACUCUCAGAUCACAGUCCUUCCAUUGCUCCCAUCUGUAAACAGGAUUCGAGUCCAGUUGAACUAUGAGGCUGGGACUUUGUCAUUUUACCAGGUCACUGACUCACUGAAACAUUUACACACAUUUCAAACUACAUUCACUGAACCCGUGUUCCCAGCAUUCUAUAGUUGGGACAAAUCACUAAAAUUGUUAAGUUCAACAUGAUAUUUGAGACUCUGACAUCACUUCUGGUAUCUAUGAAUUUGGUGAUGGAAAUUUCACGCUAAAUUUAGAUUAGAUUACAUUACUUACAGUGUGGAAACAGGCCCUUCGACCCAACAAGUCCACACCGACCCGCCAAAGCGCAACCCACCCAUACAUUUACCCCUUACCUAACACUACGGGCAAAUAGGACAGAAACUAUUGAAGCGCCCACGAGAAUUGAAAAGUAAAGCAUUUUUUUUGUUUACACCAAUUUAUGAAACAAAUCAAUCCCAUUCUUCCACUCCCCAAGGAAACUUAAGUCUAAGAUAUAUCAUCAUGGAGAUCCAGCCAGAAUAUGUACAAUUAAGUGUCAGUCCUGUUUUGUGUAUCCUUCGAAUGUCACUCUGUGGUCUCCCUCUGUAAUGAUAACAUUACUCAGUUUCCUCAUCUGAUGAUGACAUUGCUUUGUCUCCCUCUAUCUGAUGAUGUUAUAGGACCAUGGAGAGGUUACAUCACAGAAAGAAGCCAUUUUAAUCCAUCAUGUCUGGGCCAGCUGAAUAAACUAUUCUAAGCACACUUUCCCUAACUUUAUUCACAGUGUUGGAGGUUACAGACCCAGGUUCCCUGUUAAAUACCUUGAGAGUUUCUGCCUCAACAAUCAAACUGGGCAGAUGUUCCUGAUUCCUGUCUCCACUAACUCUAUCGCCAAUUACCUUAAACCUGUACACCAUUGUAUUCGACCUCUCUGCUAGGAGAAACAGAUCUUCCCUGUCCAAUCUAUCUAAGCCCCUCACCGCUUUGUACACUUAAGUUUAGUCAUCUCUCGGCCUCCUCUGUUAUCAGUAAAACAGCCCUAGCUAUUCAACAAGUCCUCAUAGUGGCAAUGUUUAAGCCCUGCUAACAUUCUUGUGAAUCUCCUCUGUACUCUCACUAGAGCAACUGAAAUGUAGUGAUCAUGACUGGAGACAAAACUGCUGUUGUGAUCAAUUUGUUAGGUAGUUAUGGUGUUAUAUUUCUGCUUUUUUAUUCAAUACCUUGCUCAAUGAAAAAAAAACACAUCCUGUAUGCCUUCCUUAUUGCCUUAUUUACCUGUUCUUCCACCUUCAGGGACUUGUUGACACGUACUGCAAUUCCUCUCAAUUCCUCAAUUCCUUUAUCCCUCUCCACGCACUCCCAUUUAUUCUGUAUUCCCUAGCAAUUCCCUCCCCGAAUACAUAAUUUUGUACUUUUCUGGACUGAAUUCCAUUUAUCACUUUCCUGCUCACUCAACCAAACCAUUAUUGUUAUUCUGAAGUCAAUAGCCAUCCUUUUCAGUAUCAACUGUCUGGUCAAAUUUUUGUUGUUUGCAGAUUUUCCAAUCAAAUUUCCCAUGUUUAAGUGUAAAUAAUUAAAAUGUAAUAUCAAAGGACCCAACACUGAGCCCUGAAGAAUUGCAGUCGAAACUAUUUUCCAUUUGCAGUAACUUCAAUUGACCAUUGUCAUUUGUUUCCUGCCACUGAGCUAACUCUGGAUCCAACUCGCCACAUUCCUCAGUAUCCCGUAGACUCUAAUUUCACUAACCGGUCAGUUAUAUGGGAACUUGUCAAAUGCCUUGAUAAAAUCCAUGUAGACAACAUCAAUUCACUUUUACCAGAUCAACUCAGUGUUAUAACAUUUGCUUUUCCUCAAUUUAGAAAUUUUUACUUCUGUUUUAUUCUUGUCACUUUCCACAAUGAUGCUAAAUCUAAGUGUGUUAUUAUCAAUAUCUCCAAAAUGGUCACAUUGCUACUUGCCCAACAAUUUCAAAAAACUACAGCUAUUUAAUUGUUGGACUAAUUGUGGAUAUCUCUUCUGAUAAUGUAAUUUCCAGGUCUCUCUGCACAAGCAUAUAAAUUGGGAAUCCACGUUGUUAUGACAUGGCAAUGAAUCCUUAUGUUAAUUAAACCAAACACCCAGAAAAGCUGACCUCGCAAUCUGUUAAAACAUGAGUAAUGGAAAACUCAC